GUUGUUGCAGAGGUCACCGAUAUCGCGUCUGGGUGGUGCAUAUUUUUCAGGUCCUGUGAUUUUUCAGUGAUGGUAAUUAAAGAAUGAGGAAGCAAUGCACUCUUCAGGAUCUGAACAACAAAAUUAUCAUUGGUAUUCACAAGGAAUUUCCAGGACAGAAGCUGAAACUUUGCUGAAAGAAGGAACACCAGAGGAUGGCUACUUCCUGGUGCGUGACAGCACAUCUGCACCUGGGGACUUUGUGCUGUCAUUGGUGUGCGAUGGGGAAGUUAUUCACUACCAGAUACGUCAGCACGGACAGGAUGCCUUCUACUCCAUUGACGAAGGCCCCCUCAUCCACGGCCUGGAUGCCCUGGUGGACCACUACAGUUUCGACGCCAACGGCCUGGCCGUGCGACUGGGGGCCUUUCACCGGGGCUCCCUGCCGCCGGCCGCGGCCCGCUUGCACGGCACCUCGACCCUGCUGCAUCGCGCCACCGAGGCAGGCGACGUGAAGAUCGUCACCGAGCUGCUUAAGUCGGGCUACGCGCAGCAGAACAGCAAGGACGUGCAGGGCCAGACGGCGCUGCACCUGGCGGCCCGCACGGGGCGCUCCGAGAUAGUCCAGCUGCUGCUGCAGACCGGCAGCGGCGCCGACAGCGUCAACGUCAGGGACUCGCAUGGCCUGACCGCGCUCCACUACGCGGCGCGCGUCAACGACGUCCAGGCGGUGCGCCUGCUGGCCGAUGGCGGCGCUAACCUGCAGGCACGCGCCUCCGAGCGCAGCUGGGUGCCGCUGCACGAGGCGGCACACAGCGGCGCCGCUGAUGCGCUCAAGCACUGCGCGGCGCUGCUCGUUCGGCACAAGCCGCCGAUGCCACGGCGCAUGCGCUCUGACUGGCUGCACGGCGAGCUGUCUCGCGGCGAGGCCGAGCAGCGGCUCCGAGCCGGGGGCUUCAACAGCGGCGACUUCCUGCUGCGCACCAGCACCAGAAACAAGGGCAAGACGGUGUUGAGCAUGGUCUCGGACGACAAGGCCUACCACUUCGAGAUCCAGGAGUUUAAGGCCGAGGACGGGUCGCGGUACGUGUACAUCGACGACGGCCCGUACCUGGACUCGUUGGAGCACCUGGUGGAGCACUACAGCACGCUGCCGGACGGGCUGCAGUGCCGGCUCACGUACCCGGUGCUGCCCAGCGACGAGGACGCCCGGCGCGCCAUCACCGACAGCCGCCGGGAGGUGCUGGGCGCGGUGCCGCCGCUGCCGCUGCCCCGACUGCCCACGCCGGGCACGAUCGCCGCCGCGCAUCUCGAGUUCGGGGCCGUCAUCGGCGGCGGCGAGUUCGGCAAGGUCUACCAGGGGCGCUGGCUCGACCCGCGGGGGAACCACGUGGACGUGGCGAUCAAGACGCACCUGGAGGCGUCGUCGGGGGUGGACCGUGACCAGCUGAUCCGGGAGGCUGAGCUGAUGAAGGACCUGCGCCACCCCUGCAUUGUCCGCUUCCUCGGCCUGAUCGAGCACGAGCCGCUGAUGAUGGUGCAGGAGCUCGUACCACUGGGCGCGCUGCUGGACUUCCUGCAGGACCAGCCGCAUGACGUCUCGCUCGACACGGACCUGAAGCUGUGGGCCGGCCAGGUGGCCGCAGGCAUGGACUACCUGGAGCACCAGCGGCUGGUACACCGCGACCUGGCGGCACGCAACAUCCUGCUGGCGUCGCGCACGCAGGCCAAGAUCAGCGACUUCGGCUUCUCGCGCCACCUAGCCGGCGACCGCGACUACUACCAGUCGUCCCAGGGCGGGCGCUGGCCCAUCAAGUGGUACGCCCCGGAGGCCAUCAACUUCGGCACCUUCAGCGCCGCCAGCGACGUCUGGAGCUUCGGUGUCCUGCUCUGGGAGAUGUACUCAUACGGCGAGCAGCCGUACGGCGACCUGCCUGGUGUACAGGCGUUCCUCGAGAUCGUGGAGCUUGGCCAGCGUCUGGAGAAGCCCGAGUACUGCCCGGGCGGCAUCUACGAGGUGAUGUUGAAGUGCUGGGCGUACGACGCCAAGGAGCGGCCCAGCUUCUGCGCCCUGCACAAGUUCUUCGACAGCGACAACGAGUAUCGCAACCUGUCGGACCUGGCCACCCCUCAGGUGGUGACGCUGACUGCCGUGCCGCCGUCGCCACCGGCUGAGGAGGUGGAGCCAGAGCUGGAGUCGGCUGCCCGGCCGUCGGCCUCCGACAUUUACGACGUGCUGUCGGCGGCGCGCUCGGUGCCGGUGUCGCCCGGUGCCGCCCUCUCGCCGCCGCUGCCGCCCAAGCCGACGCGGUCGCCGCGGCCGCCUCCGUCGCCCGCCGAUGAGCUGUACGACGCGCCGCGUUCCCACAACGUGCAGCCGCCGGCGCCGGAGGCGCCGCCGCCGGACAGUUCGCUUGCGCCGCGGCCUCCGCCUCUGGCGCCGUACUCGCUGGUGGGUGGGGGACCGCUGGGACCCUACUCACACCUGGCUGGCUGGCCGCCGGCCGAGACGCUGGCCGCCCUCUCCGAGACGUACGCGGUGCCAGUGCCGCCCGUGGCCCGCCCCGAGCGCCUGUCUCACUGA